UGCAAGGAUCGAUAUUGUCUGAUAUUUCUCGCUAAAGGUAGCAAACGUUGCUUAUUCACAGAAGAUUCUUCAGGAAUGGGAUUUUUUUAAGUUUAGAAAGGAAGAGGUUUAUUAGUUUCCAGGGUAAGUUAUGCAUAUCACACGAAUCUUAGCAGUUAGCCAAUAAUCGAAUGCGCCUUCACGUUUAAAUCAGCCUGAUCUUAGAUCUCAGGUUCGACGUUGUCUUGAAUGUGUAGAAAGCACUUUUUUGGAAAUUAUCGUCUCAAUAGUAUUCCCUUGGCGCUGGUGGGAUUUUUGUUUUACUUAACUGAGUGGUCAUUUCGUUGUCAAUAGCUUGAUGACGUUGGAAUGCGUUCAAGCUUUUGAUAGUAUCUCUUCAAAAGGUUUCCACCACAGAGAGCUUUCCUACCAGGAAAUAUGACAGAUAUAAAUACAACAUGAAUAAUUAUUUCCAAGUGUUUUUAGUAUCAAUUUGACGUUUAUACAUCUUGCAAGUAUAAUUUUUUGGUGGUACAAUUGUGAUGCUUUUCGGGUGCUUGUUUGGUAAAUAAUUUAUUUUUCAAAUUCAUCGGAUAUACUGUCUCUUGAGAGGUAUAAAUAUAACUUCGCUCCUGGCUAUGUUUUAAGUGCUAAAAUAAUGAAUGGUAAUUCAGGUAAUCUUACCAUUUCCACAGUCAAAUGAUUAGUUCUGUAGUAUUGUUUAAUCAAUAAGUUAAGGUACUGAUAAGUUAUAGUGAUUUCUCUUGUCUGUAAACAUUGUCCUUGUUAUUCAAAUGUGCCAGCCACUGAAACAAAAGAACCCAUUUCCUCAACAGCUAAUGAGUCUGUUGUUAGCUUAUUAAUAUUGAUAGGUAACGUAAUGCGAACUGUCGCUAUUAGAGACCUUUAGAUUCAAGGAUGAGGAUAACUACAAGGAGAAGUUUUAACUUUAAUUUUUUUUUUGUGCACUCUCAAAAAUUGUCACCCUGGGAAGCUUCACUGUACUUUCUUCACCAGAAAUUUGAAGGAGGUGAAGCCCCCUCCUGAGUGCAAAAUUAUAACCUGUCUCCGCCACUACAAUUUUUUUACUAAAACUGUUGUAGAACACUUAUUUUUUUGUUGAAUUCAGUAACAUGCUAUUAAAUUUUUAGAUUAAAACUCACCAUGUCAUGGUUUACUGAGCUUGCGGGCAAAGCAGAGUCACUUUUGGAGAAAGUUGACAAUGUUGCAGCCACAGCAUUGACAAAGGAGCAAGCUGACAUUCAAAAUGUUGGACUAAACAGCAGUGGUACUACAGCUUUACCAUCUGUUACCCUUGCUUCUACUCAAAGAACAAGUUCUGUACCACCCAGUGGACAACAGGGAAGUAUUACAAGAUCAGCAAGUGACACUAAUGUUUUAGGUUUGUAUAUUCAGUGAUUCACAGUUCGCAUGAUAGAAAACAGGCAUGGGUGGUCUUCUUGUACUUAGAAACUGUUCAUAUGAUGCCAAAAUGACUUUCACUCUGGAGUGAGUUUCGUUCCAGAGUGAGGUUUGUAUUGCAUUCACCUGAUAAAAUGGAAUGGCUCAGCCUGAAGAGUUCUUGCUCACACCAGAUCAGAUAUGGAUGUACAACAUGUCCCAGACCACACGAUUUUCAAUUUUUUUUUCGUUUUCAGUUUAGAUUUGCAAUUUUUUUUUCGUUUUCAGUUUACAUUGUACCAGAAUGAAAUUUUGUACCAAAACGAAUUUCAAUUCAGAUUGAAAACUGGAAUGGACUCAUUCCAGAAUAACAUACUGGAAUAAAAUGUCAGAUUGAUAUCAUGUAACCAAAUACAGAGAAAUAUAUGAAGAUGGAAUGAACUUUUUCCAGAGUGAAAAUCAUUCCAGAUCAUAGCCGAGCUAACAAAAUAUAAAUAAGGAGCAAUCACAUUUUGGCUUGCCUUGGGACCAUUACUUCCUUGUCUUGGGUAAUGAUUUGCAUUUUGGGAAAGUGACCUUUAAAAGUUACUUGCAAGGAAGAAAAUUGACUAGUCCCAAACUAGCAGACAGGAAUUUUUCAACCCCUGUGUAGGGCGAUGGAAACUGUCAUGCCAAUGACAUCCUGUUUUAAUGAUGAAUACCAUAAAUAGAUUGUGAGAUAGUGUUAAUUCCAAACCCCAGGUCACUUUCCCAUCAAAUAAAAUGUUGUAAAAUGAGUAUGUUCAGUUUAACGCAUUACAAUUAUUGUGUAGUUCCAGAAAAUAUCCAGACCCCCACCACGGAGGGAAUUUCACUUAGGGCCCCCCCACCUCCCUGGAUUUUCCAUUUUUCCAGGGAACUGAUGACCCCCCACCCCUUCGGAAUUUCCACAAAUGUGACAAAGACCCCCCAACCCCUCUGGAAAAGUUCAUUUUCACGAAGAAAGACUAUUAAAGUAGAAGAAUGAGGCAACUUAUGGUUAGUAUCCAACGGUUUCCAUCAGAAGCUUGUAUGCUUGUGUAUCCAUUUAUUUGAGUGAUCUCGCAACAUUAAAACACACUACACCACCACAAAGUAACCUGAUCUGUAAUUUUUGCUCAUCUCUUACUUUAAAUGAAACAGAGAAAGUUAACAAGUCGGUUAUAUUUGUGAAUUCACCUUAAUCAGGGCAAGCUUCGAUUUGUUAUUCGUCUCAUGGGCGUAAUGUUGAUAGAAUUAACGCCAUUUCGUGCGGGAAUGCAGAACAAGUCAAACUUACGACCACAAAAUUAAUGCAAAACAAAGAGGAGAAUGAAAACUCUGAAUUCUGAAAUGAUAACAAUGAAUACCCCCUGCAUCUUGAAGAUACUUGAAGGGAAACCAAAUUCAAUUUACUGUUUUUCGAUCGACUGAUGCGACGUGAUGCGCGAUCGCCGUAAUAAAUGUUUGGUGAAAUCGACACCAUUUCAGCGAGAAUUCGAUCAAGAACAUGCCACACGUUCAACUACAAAAUCAAGGGAAAAUGAAAAGGAGAAUAAAAACAAACUCUUCAUUCUAAAAUGGUUACAAUGUAUAGCUUGUGCUUCGUGAGGCAAAAUUGCCACUCUUCUGAUCUAUCGAUCGACUGACGCAACGUGUUGUGUUGCGUGAUGUGUUGCAUGCGUUGAUGUUUUGGGAAAGACUGGUAACGAGUAAUGGCGGCCGAAUAUACGAGCAUGCGAUAACACGAGUUGUAGUCGGUCUAAUUCCUUUGAAAUUACAUCCAAAACGCUUUUGGAAGAAAGGAAACCUGGUUAAGUUUAAAAGGAACAAUCUUAAGUGAUAUAUUUCAAGUUAUUUAUGUCCUAAAAAUGAUCUACCAGGUCGGUAAGAAGCAAUGUUCGAUCUCAGGUCGAAAACAAAAUGAUAUUGCCCCCCUGGAAAGUGAUUUUAUGGUCCAACCCCCCUCCCUUCUGGAAUUUCCUGGGCCUCUGACCCCCCCACCCCCCUGGAAUUUCCAAUUCCCUCCGUGGUGGGAGUCUGGAUAUUUUCUGGAACCACACAUUAGAAACUGUCUUCUUUUAGCAAUGUGGUUUCUCACAGUUGUUCAAAUGGUAGAUAUCAAUAUGCUGUGGGGAAAUAACUAUGCAGUGGAUAAGUGUUGGAGAAACCAAUCUUGUUAUCCAUUGGCAGUGUGCAAAGAAAGUUGUGUUCGAUAGCCCGGGGCUAGUGGAUUUUGCAAUCGGGUCUAGUGAAUCCUGUUCUUUACUUGCCCAAAGGGACUGAAGUUUUUUGGGAAAUCAAAUUACAGAAGAACUGUAAUCAAUGCUGCUCAUCAAAAAUCUUUUUGGGCUACUUAAAAGACUCUUGGGCUAGUGCAUACUAGCAACAACUUGCCAGAAUGGCAAGCCGUAAAACUGACUUUCUUUGCACCCUGAUUGGAUAGAGAUUAUUAUUCAGUGGAUUAGCAUUAUCUACCUUUUGAUUGACUGGAGCCAGAGCUGUUUGUUCAUCUGUUAACCUCUCGUAUCUGGGAAUCAUUAACUUUGAUCUCAUGCCCACUCACACCAGGAGACUAUUUAUCUUGUGUGACUUAAAAUAUUGAGCUAUUACAAGCCUAUUCAUAACUCUCUCAAAGUUCUCUAAUCUUAGUGGCUGUCAGCAGCCAAACGUUCUUGACAACAAAGAAACUGUGAAAUCCCAUGUGACUCUCAUUUUACUAGGAUCUCUAGUAACUGAACCCAAAAAAUAAAGCCGACAUUUUGCGAGGCCACCACUGCUUUCCCCACAAAAUAAUGUCUGAGAAACAAGUGCAGAAAUUCCAUACUGAUGAUCUGGGAAGUGGUUCUAGUUGGUUAAAGCAAAUUUUGAGCCAAUCACAGGGGGUUCAUUAAGGUUUUGAACAGGAGGGCAACUGAGUUUGACACCCGGGCAAAGAAUUGGCAAGGCCCGGAGGGCCUUGCCCUCUAGGGGGGUCUGGGGGGAUGCUCCCCCGGAAAAUUUUGAAAUUCUAUAGUCGUAAGGAUGUGUUUUCCUGCAUUUUGAAGCUGCAGACAAUGACUUUCAACAACCAAAAAAAGAUAACUUUUCUAGACAAUUUAAUCAUGAUUUGAUACCAAUACCCACCACACAAAUUGGACUUUUUGGUUCUCUUUUAAUAGCUCUGCUCAUAAUAAUCUUUACUCAAACUCACCAUCAGCAUCUGAGCCGUAAUCAACUUAUCUUUAAAAUUUCAAUGACUAGACGGGAGGAGCACUGUUUUAACGUUUUUAAAUUAAUUCAUUGGCGUAAACCAUAAGACGAACAAAAAUCACGCUUCGCUUCCUUGAACAUGAUGAUUAAGCCAUUCAAUAUAUACAGGCAAGUAAAAGGUUAAAUCACAAAGAAGUCUACUCAUCUCUUGGUCUUUUCUCUACUGGAGGCUCUUUGGUUGAAGCCGAAAAAUAAUACGCUAUCGAACGCGUUCUUUUCUGGGCCGCCAUGCUCACAUGCUCGCAACACUGCUACAUUUCAGGUGGUCGUUUAUGAAGCACAGUUCUUUUCGCAAUGUAUUAUGGGGCGAUUCUUGUUUUUAACACACAAAGAACGAGGGGAUUUCAUGCCGCGUGUAAUAAAGUGGAAAUUGCACCGCAAAGUAUGUUUUACACUCGAUAAGACUCAUCAAGAAAUGGGCACGAUUGUAACUUAAAACUGUUUUUGAUCGUUCCCUGUAUUAAAAAGAAGUUCUUUGAGAUGUAAAGCAGCCGGGCAAAGUCGUGUUCACAGCCGGUCAAUUUGCCCGGUGCCCGGCCCUUAAUGAACCCCCUGCAAUCAGAAGCACUACCCAGGUCUGGGUUGCGAUGGUCAUUAGUAUAGAAUUUCUGCACUCGUUUCUCAGAUGUCAUUUUGUGGGAAAGCCAGUGGUGGGGUCGCAAAAUGUUGGCUGUUUUCUCUGGCUACCAGUAACUUCACACAAUAGUGACAAUCAUGCCUUCUCAUUUCUUUCUGCACUCAGGUGGCCCCACAGUUCCCAUCAAGUCUCGUCUCCCUCCUUCUGGUACCAGGACUCCCCCUAGGGUGGCACGAACAGAAAACAAAAGUGAUGAUAAAUUAUUUGAGUUCCUAAACAGCAACAUUCCUGCUACAAAAGAACGAAAAGUGAUCAAGCCAAAGGUGUCUGUGGAAAGCUCAUCAGAUGUGGUGUCAAAUCCCGUUAGUAAUAUGGAGCAGACCCGAGUUGAUUCCAUAGAUGGGAAACUUAACGAGGGUGAGCUGGUACACUUUCUUCUCUGUGAUGCCCUUAAGAGUUUUAUUUUAUCCCUCACGUAGCGUGUAGAGAUUCUCUACUGUAAUUUUUCAAGAAUCGUGAAGUUUUUAGUAGUAUAUCACAUAUAAAGAAAUAUCCAUUUUUUAUCAUGAUAUAGUGUUUAGGGUCGCAAAAAUCUUUGUUAAACUCUUUAACAGCAGAUGAGGUUAAGUGUAGGUGCCCUAGAGGAUGGUGAUGCCAGGCGUAGAAGAGAUGAACAGAAUGUAUCCAUGGCAACUAGUGAGUGGUAACCACCAAAACUCAUCCCGAAAGGUUCUUCUAACUGACGAAUGAUGCUAAAUGAGUUUAAAACCAGUGUAGUGAUUGGAUUUUAGGGAAGUUAAGCAUGGUGGGAAUCUGGAUUGCAAGUCACGUGUAUCUUGCUUCCCUGAUUGGUGGUUCUCUAUUUCUAGAUUACAGUAUUCCAUGGCUAAAUAUUAUUUUGUUACUAGGAAUCAUUGCAAAAACUGAUGAUAAGAUUCAUGAAGUCAGUGCUGUUUCUAAUGGUUCCAAUGUGGAAGAGCCCAAGUCACAAGAAAUGCCUCAGCAUGAUGUUGUUACAAUAAACAGUGGCCACCACACAGAUGAUCACCAUAUGUCUAACCUUGAACUAGAAAACACAUUACUGAGAAAAGAGGUGGCUUCUUUGAAUGAAGAAAUGGUGUCUGUAGUGCAAAGGGCAAAAGAAGCUGAAAAAAGUAAGUAUCAGUUAUAUUGCACCAUGAAAGAGCAGAAUCCAAAUCUUCCAUGAUUGACAACUCAUUGCUAUGCAGGGAUUUUGCUAAGAACUGGCUUCCAGCUAAUUUCACUGGCUGAAAAAGAGCUUACCACUAGCCUUAAUUGCAACGAAAACAAAGACAUGAGGAAAUUUAGAGAUGCAGUUGAGUGAAAAAGCCAGCUUGACUAACAAAAGAGCCUGCUUAUCUUCUCCUUAGCUACAUCCCUGACUGUCUGUGAGGUGGUUAAGACAACAGACUCUUCACAUCCUCUAUAUUUCCUCAGACAGACCAGAAGGAAUGUAACAAAUAGCAAGUAACACAAGCAUGAGAUGGGAGGGGGGUAAAAAUGGGCAAGCAAGCAAUACUCGAGGCAAUGAAUUUGCGGGGCCUCUGUUUUUACUUGCUGCUCAUUUUUAUAUACCACUUACUAACCGAGAGUGAGGUCAUAACAGGGAAAUCUCAGACCGAGGUAUCGCUUGGUCAGUACAUCAAGGCCGAGGUCUGAGAUUUCGCUGUAGUGACUGGUCGGACAAGGUUAAUAAGUUAUUUUUUCUAUGGCCUUUUCAUUAUGGCCUGCGGUCAAAUGAAACCAUUAACUUGUCAGCGGAAAACUUUAAAAAACAUGUCACCUCAGUGAGGUGUACAUUUGAGCCCAUGAUACAGCCAUGUCACACUGGUCAGCGGGUACCAUUUUGACAGCUGUCAAUUGGCCAUAACAUUGAUGUCCACUAUCAAGUUGAACACAGAUUGUAUAUGUCUUGGACACUUUACAGUGUCGCUAGUAUUGCCCAGUCAUUACAAAAAAAUAAUGCCCACUUAGCAGCGAAUCAUAGCAUGUGUACUAUUGUAGCCAUCUAUUAGAGAAGCUUUCUCUGCUGUUGACCCAGUCAGUCCUGAAUAAACCUGACAGUGUUAAUUUUGUUUUAAGCAAGAUGACUUCAAGAAAGGUUAAGGUCAAGGUUAGGUAAUUCAUUAAUUACUUUCUUUUUCUCUCAAAAUCAGGAACAAAAGAAAUAGAGAAACAUCUUCAAAGAUGCCAGGGACAACUGUUAGCUUCUGAGGAAAUUACAAGACAGCUGAGGUCAAAGGAAGAUGAUUUUACAGAGGCACUAAAUGCUAAGGACUCACAGUUAGCAGUCUUGCGUGUUAGAGUACAGGAAUCAGAUCAGGAGUUGCAAGGCAAGCGUAAGCAGAUUGAGGAGUACCAACUUGAAAGAGAAAGGUCAGAAGUGUAAAGUACUCGUUAUUGUAACAGGCCAGCCAUUUGCAAAGUGAAUGUGCAGGAUUGCAAAGUGCCUUCUUACUCGGGUGACUUGAACUGACCAACAAUACAGUUAAACCCUGUUAAUACGGACACUGAUGGGACCACGAAAAGUGUCUGCAUUAACGGGGAGGCCGUAAUAAGCUGGUCAUGUCAUUAAAGUAAAAAAAAAACACCUUUUAUUAGAACGAAAUACCAAAGAAGUAAAAGAGGACUUAAGCAUUGUCAAAUUAAACAUCUGUAACCUUCAAAAAGCUGUCAUUAUGCGGCUUAAGUCCAUGAAAACACUUGAAAAUCGCUCAUUUAUUUAGUACUUACUCAAAACCAUUUUCUGCAAAAUUCCUUUGAUGCCAAAAAUUGACUUCUACAAAUCACCCUUAUCUGGUGUAUCGUAGUGCUGGGAACAUGGACAUGCUGUCAAAGUCAACUCAAGGUUUUUAAUCUUAAAAAAGGAAAGGUCUAUUACACGAUACAGUUGAUAAUGAAGUGUCUGCAUGAGCGAGGUUUGCUUUCUAUGAGAAUUUGUUGAUUGGGCAAGAAAUAAGUGUCCGUUGUCCGCAUUAACUUGCAUCCGUAUAAGCGGGUUGAAUUGAGAGAAAAUGUAAAGGCUUUCCCCAGGGACAAACAAAACUGCCUGUAAUAGUAAGGUGUCCAUAUUAAGCGGGUGUCCAUAAAGCAGGGUUGGACUGUACUAGCAUCUGCCACUUUGUUAAGUUAACUCUUCCAUAGUUUUUUCAAUGUUUGAUAAAGAUCAAUUACCGAAUAUCCUGGAUCCGUGGCUGUGGGCGCCUGAAAAAAAAAAAUAAACGUAACGUCUGUAAAAUUCUGCGACCUGUUGGAGUUGUAUCUUCGAGUUCAUUAGCUUCUAACAAAUCACUUUUAAAUUUGGCAACCUAACGUAUUUUACAUUGUAAGACAUCCUUUCCGGCCAUGUUGAUGGAUUUUCGCUAAGUGAUCCCACUCAAAAAUUGAAAAAGGCCAUUAAGGGGUUUUUUGUGAAAAUUAUUACUAUAUUAAUGAUUUAAAUCUUGUUCUUGUUUAACUCAAACUCGAUAUUCUAGUAUUUGUUGGAAACAUCAAGCUAGAAGAUUCCAAGAGCAUGCUUUAUUUAUCAACUGAAAACAACUACAUGAAUUAUAAUGUGAUGACAUUAACAUGUGAAUUAUGUAAUGAUUAUUCUCUUUGCAUGAAGGUUGCUCCAAGAUCAUUCGGAAUCCACUGGAGUGCAUAGUCAGGCUUUGGAUACACUGAAAGCUAAACUAGAAGAAUCAGAGAGAAAACUCAAAGCUAGCCAGGAGUCUCAUAAGAAAAUGCAGGUCAGUUACUUAAAGCAAUGCAUGGUAUUACAGUGUGUAUACUUACUGGGCAUAAUAGCAUAUUUAAUAUGUUUUUAGCUGUGCGUCAUUAGGGCACACACACAUGAGCGAACCAUGAGUGUUGUUUUUGUGUUGCCUUAUUAAGCUGUACCUCAUGUUGCUCGUUGAUUUAUUUGCAGGAAUUCAAAGGGUAGUCUAAAGUCCAAAGCUCCAUAAAAUUAAUUUACUUAUUUACUUAUAGGUCAUGACAUCCUUGCUGGCAUUUUUUCAAUUUGACCUCGUUGUCUCAAACAAAGUUCAAAAUACACAUGGUUUGCAGAGCUAGACAAGUAAAUUGCUGUGCAUUUCUUUUUUAGCAAGAGGCCAUAGAAAGGCAAAAUAAACUACAGGAAGAGCAACAAGCCAUGGCAGAGUCACUCAAAAACAUGCAAAAGAAACUUAAUGAAGAGAAGAGUAUCCUUUUAUAUGUAAUAUUUUCAAAUAAUUGUUUACAGUCAUGGCACAUGUCAUUGAUAUCGAUGAUUCUGCAGAUUUGGCAAAGGAGUAGAAUCGGGUGCCAGCUGCAUUCGGUAUGUGUCUGUUUUUUUAUUGUUAUAUAUCAUUUUUUGGCAUUAACACCUUGAAUGAAAAAUUGGGCGAGUGAAAUUUGACAAUUUAAACUAUGUAAGAAAUUUUUUCAAUUUCUUUCAUUCAGGUACUUUAUUCUCUCUAAUAAUCCUUCUGUCUCUUUUAAGCACCCUCCCACCUAAAAAGCUAAAAUUUAUUAGAGUUUCCCUCUUUAAUUUCCUUAAUUUGAUUUAUGGCGCAAACACAGUUCUUUGCCAUCCAGUACAUUUUUAAUGAUUAUGUGCAGAUUGCACAAAUUCAAAGGUUUGGUUUAAGAUAUGUUGUGCCUUAAACAGUGGCUACUUCCAAGUUUUAACUCUCCUCUUUAUUAGAACCCCUUCCCCGGAAAAAGGCGGGGGUAAAGGAGUCCUCCUGAUCGGGUGGGGGGAGGUGUAUUAGAGAGGUCGCGGUGUUUCAAAUUAAGUUGAACUACAGCUGCAUUCAGCCAAUAAAACUGAAGAAUUUUUACCAAAGUACAACAAGCAAGCAUUCUAGGGCUCUCCAUUUGUUAGAAAUAGCUGGCCAGACCAUUCAAAUUGUAAAGAGAAUUCCACUAUUGAUCAGGACUAUCCAGCCACAUCAGUCUGUUCUUAAAUAAUUUGCUCGGCAUUGGUGACUGUUAGGGAAAAUUUUGAGUGAAGGCUAUCGUUUAAUUUCAAUAUGACUGCCAGUUCUGACUUUUGGUAAGCUUCCUCAGUUUAGGUAGUGUGACCCUUAGCUAUAUACCAGAUAAGAGCAACGAAAAUACAGCAGCACUCAAGACUGCCAAAGCAAAUCUAGAAACUGCGAAGCAAGAAUUAAAGGAUUACAAGGACAAAGCAGCCAGGAUCCUUCAGGUACGAAUUGGGCGGAGGGCUAUAAUUUUUUCUUUCCAGGCGCCCAAACCAUUCCCGCACGGUUGUUCAAAAACAGUAACGUAGUAUUCAUAGUUUUGUGUAAUUUCCGGGCUCCCUCAUAAAACAGUGCAUCCUUUUCGAAAUUUCUUGCAGUUAUCCCUUCUCCCACCCUGUACAAAGUUGAAACCGGAAAAAUUGUGGAUACACGCGUCCAACGUUGUUUGUGGGGUGAGGGGAGGGGUUGGGUCUGUAUGAAUUGAAAACUCUCCCAGAAAUGCAAAAGUGUCCCAAGACUUUUGUCCAUGAUUGUAGCUAUUGCUAUUCACCGAAAAAAAUCGCUGUCCAAUGUAUAUGUGUUCCGGAAACUAUUUGCAUUAUCCAUCAGAUAGCGGUAUAUCCGGUAGAUAUCGUUAAGUUACUUAUAACCAACAGGCGCCAGGUCGUAGGUUACACUAAAAAGUAAAACCAAAAAACAGAUGACAUGCAAACAAGAUCUGAAGAUUUCGCAUUGUAUAGAUAUUGGCGGUAGAAUUGUUAUUGGUAGCCUGUGAACAAGCCUUUGGUCGAGCGGGGAACUAGGGAGAGGGAAAAGCGAAUUCUUUCCCCAAACAGAGAGCUUGUUCACAGGCUAUGCUAUUGCUCGCAGUUUUUACAGAAACGUUAUCUGGGUCUUUCCUGUAACGUCAGCGCAGUAUCCUUCGUGGAAAACUAAACGAUUUUAUUGCGGUUGGCUUAGCCAAGUCAAGGCAAAACACUGGUCAGAAGAGAAGGAGUUCGCGGUUUCGAUCAGGGCGAUCCCGUACCUAUUUGAAAGAUUGUUUUUGAUUAGCUGGGAAAACAAUAGGGAUUGUCACAUAACAAUGCCCCUAUCCCUGAAAAGAAUGGAGGUGCAGAUUAAAGGGGACCAGUGAAAUAAGAGGUUUAGAACGGUGCAGGUCUAGCCUGAGAUCAUGCCCUCUCCCUAUUAUCCCUUUAUGACUCUCACGGGAAGAGUUUUUCCCUCUCGAACCAAAGAAACGAAGAAGCCAAAAAAAAAAAUAACGCCUGAUCUCAGGUUAGUGCAGGUCUAUUCUUCGAUCAUCGUCGCCGGACCAAUACUCAGGGUCUUAAAUAAAUUGAGGAAGACAGCAGUACUUAUGCACUACAAAAUGCCCGGUGGGCAUUCAACAACGUUAUAUACGGAAAGGCGCCGCCUAGAGGUCCAACCCUUUGGUAUACCCACUUUUGGCAAAAACGGUACCCCUUCUGUAUAGCUUCCAUUGAAAAAUAUUGUCCCUAAGCCUUUCACAUACCUGUUUGAUAAAUGUUGAAAAAUGAUACGGUCAUACCGUGCCUUUGUUCGAAAUGCUAUAUUUUAAUUAAAGAUCCUUUAAAUCCCUACCCUUUCAUAUACUUCGACUCGUGAAAUUCCUUUCCUUUCAUAUACCUGAAAAGCCUGUAAAAUGUACCUCUCUCGGGUGGAGCUUCCCCGGGGGGGUGCAAAAUGGUGCUAUAUGACCUUCGCUUGACUUACAGCUUGGUAGAAAUUAUCACAUUAUCAAGUUUUUUGUCCUUAUUAUUUGUGCUUUUCGCCCUUCCAGGCUAAAGACAAGGUAAUAGCAAGCCUUCGCGAUGGUAGUAAUGGAGAGGUUGCAAGCGGCAUUAGUAGUUCAGAGUAUGAAGAGGUUUGCCAUGAAAGAGACAUGUUGAGAGAUGAGGUGAACCAGUUCAAAUACCGCAUGGAACAGCUCAAGGCUGAUCUUCAGGUAAAUAUACUCAAACCCUGCAGUGUUAACUACUGUAGUUGCUCGCUGUCCAGUGUGGGCAAUUUCAUACAGAGACAUAGUUCAGUAGACUAUUGAAAAAGUCGUUCAUCCUAUUUAAUAACACUCGCUCUCUGCUCUUAAAGUGAGACUCGUGAGGCCGACUUGUGGCAAGUCUAGUAGCUCACUUGUGUGGUACCCUAAACCUUAAGCCCGUGUACCGACUGUCGUGAAAGAGGCAGGCAUUUUAGGGGUCCUAGAAAACUUUAUAAAGGUUUUUAACUUUUAUUUCCGGACGAUUAAAUGCAGCCCUUUGUAAAUAUUUAAGUCAGCUGGUUCGGAAUUUGUAAGAAGGUCUGAUUGAGUUUUAACGUACUAAAUAAAACAGGAGGUGGAGCAACAGCAACAAUCAGAGGCUGAGUUGGCUCGGGAGAAAGUGGAGGAGCUAGAGAGUGCUUUGGACGAUGAAAAGAGAAAGAGAGACGCUUGUGAACAACAGAUACAUCAGCAUCUUCAGGUGUGGACAACAAAACUAUCGUUUGAAAACGGAAAAUAUUUUUACAGUAAAAUAAAUUUUUUCCACCUCUUAGCGCUGAACUCGUUGACUUUAAAAUAUGACAAAAUUAUGAUACUCACGAGGGCACUUUUUUUUCCUACUCUCGACGACUCGACUGCCGGGCGUGGGCCGAGUUGUUCAAAGCUGGGUUAAGAUAACCCACGGUUAGUGCGAGAUUUGAAUUCAGAUUUGAAAGCUCUGAAAAAGCAUUUCAGUUUUAAUACUUUUUGUCGACAAGUUGGUGAUUGAAAGCUCUAAAUAUAACAGAGAAAAUUAUCCGAGAAAAUGCUUUUGAACACAAGAAAAAGGAACCCGGGUUAAAUUUAACCUCGGGUUAAGCGCUAAUCGGCCUUCGAACAACUGGGCCCUGAUUACUAAAACAGCUUUGAUUGGUGGUAUCCUGUCGUAGUAAAAUCUCCAAAGAAAACCGGAAUUAUGCUUCUAAACUGGGUCUUAAAAUCAGCGAGCAGUUUCUCUCUAACAAACAUGGACAGCAUAUUAUGCAUAAAUCUAACGUCAGUUUCUCCUUUAGGACCUGCAUUACGCCCAAGAAGAAUUACGAACAAACAAAACCAGUUUCAUGAGUCAAAUACAGGCGAGUUCAUCUGAUCGAGUUUUAUUCAUUUUCCUAUUUGGUAAGGAGUACCUUGUGCCCAUAUACUAACGGUCUUGUCUUUUUCUACAGGAGAGAGAAAAUGAAAUUCAGAAAUUGAGAAAUCAGGUAAAUGAGAGUGAUUUUAUAGGGUUUAGUUGAAGGAGCUGGUCCAAAUCCGGACAGUGUCAGUUUAUUGAGUAAAAGAGGAUUUGCGUCUAGUCUAUAUGCUUAAAGAAUACGGAUUCAGACAAAAGAUAGGAAAGUAAGAAUGAAGUUAUGUUUCGGUACAUCCUAUCACAAAGGCUUGAAAGGCUUAAAAUGUUUAACAAUCUAAUACCUCAUAGUUGCCACAGGACAGGAAAUGGUCAGGGAGUUUCAAUUUGAGUCGGGAAAAUUGGAAUUGUAACAUCCACAGUCUUAAUACUGUUAAAAGCAAGGAGAAUCAUUUCAGGUCAUUGUCCCGCGGCUUACAAUGACGCUAUUCGUCGAUGAGGACAUUCUGAAAACUGACAUCUGUGGCAACCACCAUGAUCUAGCUGAUAUUAUAGAGAUGAGAAGACUGAGAUACUAAACGCGUUCUGACUGGUACUUCCACUUUUCGGUGGACUAAUAAACGUAGGAUGUUGGAAAAACACGAGAAAAGUUUUCGAUUCGGGAUUUUUAAUGAACUUCAGUUGGGAGUCGGCUAACUUGUGAUGAACAGCACACCACACUGCUAUCAAUCACUUUAAGGGAGUGUGACUGGUAUUGCUGGGUUACAGUCAACGCUCUCAAUAGACUCCUAUGUAAGCCGAGCUCCUCCCUAAAACGGACACCUAGAGUUUGAAGGGGGGCGGGAGGGUGGUAUCCUUGCCGUUGUUCAGGCAUAUUAGAGUUCUUUAGAUUCUAAGACGAGGACGACUACGAGAUUUUCCUAGUACUAAGUAGUGCGCGUGAUCCAGCGUCAUUUGGGCGGAAAACGUGAUAGCCUUCGUCAUUCUAUCUACUAUGAGGUUUAGCGAGAAUGUCUUAGUGGUGGAAAAAAGAUGUUAGAAGUUUUAUCUUUCUUCGAUAGGAAGGGGUUUCAACCUCCAUCAACAGUGCUAAUUUCUUUGGUGAAAGUUCAAUGAAGCUUUCCGGGGAGUCUAUUUUGUGAGAAUUUGCGAAACAGCUUUAUGUCAAAUCCCCGGUCUUUGUCGUUGUUCUCGCCCUCAAAUCCUUGGACUCUCCACAGGGCGGGUACUUCUCUAACACGCGGGACACUUUUUUUGUUCCCAGCGGUGUCCGCUAAUUAGCAUCUUAGUUGACUGCAUUUGAAACAUGUUGAAAAGCGUGAUUACAAAUAAUAAAGAACCAUGAUCUUAUUGAUACUAUAGCUUGCAACCAAGGCUCUUACUUCUACAAGUGAGGAGGAAUUAGAGAACCGUGUUAGAACAUUGACGGAAAAUCUUAUCCAGAAACAAACACUUAUUGAGGCUUUGAGCACGGAGAAGAACUCUUUAGUGCUACAGCUUGAGCGACUGGAGGUAAUAAACAAUGUAAACGUCUAUCUUUUACUUAUUUUGUUUGUACAUUUUUCCGUUUUCAUUAUAUUUAUAGUUCUCUCAGUGACCUUAAUCACUGAGGCGAAGGUGAAUUUCAGCUGGUGAAUGAGUGUCUCAGAGGGCAUCUCAACCUACGCGACACCUGAUAGGAAAUAGGACAAAAUAAUAAGUCUUAGCGUUGACACGUAAGCUUAAAAACAAAAGUACUGGAUAGAAUUGAGGAGUUUAGACGAUCCGGCCUAUUCUACCCUAACAAUUGGCUCCCACUCAAACAGUAAUUGCCCUCCAGCGCAUUAGUUAAAUUAAUAUCAAACUCGCCUCACGUGCAAUAUGCUGUGGAGUGUGUUCGAGAACAUACAGUGUAGAGGUUCUUAAAAUAUUAAGGACAUUAACUGGUGGUUCUAUGUAUUUCUAGGAUAAGCGGCUAUUUCCUACAACUGAGUGGAUGUGGGUAGUGUAGAGGCCUCUUCAAUAAAGGAAAUAAUAGCUGAUUAUGCAAAUGCUUAAAAAAUUUUCAGGGUUACCAUAGUCAAGGUUGAAACAAAAUGUGUUUGAGGUCAGGGUAUAUUAAAAGUCAGGGAAUAUCUUACUUCUUGGCAAAGUCAGUUGUCAGGGAAUGCCACGGGAAACGUUUUCUAGAAGAUUAUAAAAAGCAAUCAGUUUCAUCUGGAAAAAAAAUUUAUAUUCUUUAGUUGUACUGUGAUCGAUUUUGAUUCAGUGAAAAUAAAGUACAUUCAUUGAAAAACGCAAAGGUCGAAACUGUAGAGCAGAAUAUUCAUUUUUAAAAUUUUUUUUUUUGGCAAAAGUUGAAAAAGUGAAAGUAAGGUAAAUUAUAAUCGUUUAGGUCUGAGAAAAGUCAAAUUUUUUCGUUGCACAGUGGAGUCCCAGGCCUUUCGUUACAGCACGAUCACCUGCCCAAUUUUUGUAAGAAACGUUUAGGUAGCCAUGGACACUAGGGCCUCAUUCUCCAGGCGUGGGCGUUCCGAUGCGCCAGGUGGGCGAGAAUCGAAGGAGCUUCGAGACACCCAUGGCUGGAGAUUCAACCGAUAGAAACUCCUUGCCUUCGAAUUUAAAUAUUGCGAUCUUACUGGACUCGUGUGAGUAUCCAGCAGCUUCGAUUGAAAGGGUAUAAAUUGCAAAAAGGCUUGUCGUUCCUAGCUUUAGUUGGCAUGGCAUCAUUCAUACCUUCGUUGCUCUCUGGUUAGAGGGGAAGGGAAAGCGGAAAUCAAAGCGCGCGAGCCUUUCAUGUCCUUACACUCCUCCGACCCCCUGUUUCUUUUCACCUUCAAACGCCCACCACACAGGCCACUUUCAAGAUUGAACUUGAUCAAGGUCACACGUUAGUUUUAAUGUUCUGACCUUGGAUACUCGCCGACCAUGAUAUUCCUUUUAGUAAGAUAACUUAAAAAUUGCAUUUUUCCAACAUCACGAAAAACGGCCACUUAUGUAAUAAAUUUUAAUGAUAUGUAGGCAACGAUCUGUAGCUAGUUCAGGAACCUUCUUAGCAUCCUGACCGUAUUCACCUUAUAUCAAUCACACAAUUAAAAUGGUCGUUGUCACGAAUGCAUAACUACCAUGAAAAAUGCAUAACUUUAAUAACUACCAAACCUUCUUUCUUGAUUCUCAUCUUGUUUUCUAGAAACAAUAUAGAGAUGUGCAAGCGUCAGCCUCGAAACUAAUGGCCGGACCAUCGGCGUCUUACAACGGAUUUGAUGACACUGACGAAAAUACACGUUUGUAUUUUUUUAUUGUCUUUCAAGAAUUUCUGAAAAGUUAGAAAAAUAUUUAAUUGUCGGUGCGAUUCCUCGGUAUAGAUCGGAGCUGAAACUUUUUUGUUGCGUUAACGAAAAAUCGAUGUAAGGGGCCGACCAUUUAACUCUUGAGGGGAGGGGUGGGUGAUUUCUGGUCAUCAAAAUUUUUUUUUUCUAGCAAUCUGGUGGGCAGAAUAUUAUUUUUCCCUUUUCUUCCCAUAAGCUUUCUACUACAUUUGUGCUGCAUGCAAUUUUUUUCUUCCGACAAACGCUUGCAGGAAUUUUUUUUUAAAAAUCACCGCCCCCCCACAAAGAGUUAAAUGGUCGGCCCCUAAAUAGCACAAGUGGGGGAGGGGGGCAUUACACAUCGUAAUCUACGAUUUAGUCAUAAAAACGUUUAAUGGAGUAGGAUUGACGUUGGAUGUGAUAAAUACGAAACGGCAAACUGAUCCUUACGGCAAGGCGAUGAAGAAGUAAACAAAAGAAUAAAACAAAAAAUAUAUAUUUAAACAAAUACCGUUUCAUAUUUUUCUACAAGGUUAAUUGUACUGAUCCAGGUCUACAACUGGGCGAGACGGCACCACUCAUUGGUUUGUUGCUGUGCACUUGCUGAUAUUAAUAUAUUUUGGAUCUGAUAGAUUGCCAUAACUUCUGGCCCUAUGAUGUUAGACAGAUAUUGCGAGGCUAUCGAUCUUACAGGUCUCGCAUUCUCUACUUUCUAUACUGGACCAUGUGAAAAGUUCUAGAAACCACAGAAAAAAGUGAAUUCUCUGGACAAUGUUUACAAUAUUUGUCAGGUUUUGAGUUUCCGAUUCGCCUUCCGCUUUCCAUAAACGGGCGACAUUGCCGUUUUACAUCAAAAAAGGUGAUGUUACACGGGUCGAUUCGCAACGAUGAUUUUUAGCGCAACACAGCGUUACAACAUUGUUGUUAAAUUGUUUCGAAUCACUGCAAUAUUUUACCAACAUUUAAACUGGGGCGAUCCCGCAUCUACUUGAAAGAUUGUUAUUGAUUAGCUGGGAAAACAAUAGGGAUUGUCACAUAACAAUGCCCCUAUCCCUGAAAAUAAUGGAGGUGCAGAUUAAAGAGGAAAUAAGAGGUUCAGAAUGGCGCGGGUCUACUGUUUGAACCCUGUGUUGCGCUAGAAAUCGUCAUUGCGAAUCGUCCCGUGUCAUAUUACCUUACGUGCCUUUACCCGUAUAAAAUGCUCCGGCAGAUAUCAAUCAAAUUUCAUCAGGGAGCAGUAACCAUGAUAUUUAUUGGGUGAUUUGUAAGCAUAGCAUUAAAAAAGUAAAAAAAGUUGGCCCAAUUUUUUCAAGUUUAAAUCCAUGUCCAUCCAUCGCAGACUACAGGAACAAGGUUAAUGCCUGAAAUAAAGGCUUAAAUAACAAAACUGGAAGAGAGAGAGAGAGAGAGAGCAAAUAGCGUGACAAAUCCCUUUAAAUGUAUAGACAAUGAUUAUCUUAUGUUUUUUAAUGCAUGGGAAAAUCGAUUGUUCAGUCUGUGCCGUGAAAUAGGAUAUUCGUCGAUUAUUUUGUAAUUGAUCGGCUUAUUGUUUUCCAAGAUAAGGCAAAAUUUAAUGCGAAGUAGACUAAUUAAAGGACAGAUAUACCACAUUUCGCGAUGACAUCAUAAUUCAGUAGCAUUUUAUUUUUAGCAAAAAAGUAGGAAAAAAUAGAAUGUUAAAAAGUAAAAUAAAGCACAUGCAGGGUCGGUAUAUAGAUUCAAGGAAAGGUACGAUCAUAAACGGAAUGAGACACGAAGAAUUAUUCCGUUUAUGUUCGUGCGCGGAUUUCGUGGUAACACUUUGUCUGUUAGACUUAUGCUUCUGCUUCUACCCUACGCUGCAUGCAGUUUGAAUCUAAUUUGUUCUUUUGACUCCAUUGUAGUGUCUCGAGUGAGAUCAAUAUCGUCAAUAAUGCCAUCACAGCUCAACGACUCGAGAAAAGUCAACAGGGCAGUCAAUGAAAUCGAUAAAUUCAGGUAACUUAAUAUUUGUUGCAUCUGGAAGGCUCUGUUCUCGGUUCAUGAAAACCCGAUACAGUGAAAUGAAAUAAAAAUUGGGAUCCUUGAGUUUUUUCCAAGAAUAUUACAAUCGCUGGCAAGUGUAGCAUUUGCGAACAAUCAUCGGCGUGGGGGGAACUUUCGAUGGAAUAUUAAGGUAGCGUAAACAUUUCUAAAAGGUUUCUGAGAGAGUAACAUCAUAUCAGUGUUGUCUAACAAAUACAGCUAAGUAACUGGAGAGAUCAUGCUUGUGGAAAGAAAAAAAAAACCGAAACGUCAAUUUUGAAGACAUUAAUGCACAAUACCGUUGUUAUUAGUUUAAAAGCUUAUUAAUUGUGUACAUUUUAGCAGCUUUAAUGUUUUUUGCUUUUACCAUAGCGCAAACAAAAAAAAAACGGUCCACAGACACGCUUUAAAAAUUUUCUUUUGAGUGGUUUUAAGAUCUUUGCAGGCGUUCAAUGCGCGAAACAGUAUUUCUCGAAAAGCGGCUGAAGGUUCCGGGUUUCUCUUAUUGUUUUUUUUUUUACUUUUUUGCAGUAUACGACUGGGUCUUUUUCUGAAAAGAUAUCCAAUCGCACGACUCUUCGUCAUCAUUUACAUGGUAAGAAUUUACGCCGUGCCGUCUCUGUGUAAUUACUGUCUUUUCUCAACGAUAUCCUGUUUAUACAGCCUGUUAUUCAUUGACUACGGCGGUUAAUCGUGACACUUGCUUUUAGCGACGAUAAACACUUAAAUAAACGUUUAUCGUCAGUCAAAAUAUAUAUCCUUGUGUGCCGACAAAAUCGAGUAAAGGGCACACCCUCCCCACACUUCUUUGUGAACAUCUGCCACCGUAGAAGGUGUAAUUAUCUACUGUCAUUGUUCCAGUAAUGCACCUUAAAGGUUGCAAAGGCGGAGCCGGCUAUUUGAAUGGUCUGUUUUGUAAUUAUUCUUGUUGCCUUUUCUUUUUCCUUAAAAGAAGAAAUGGCAAAAAAAGUGCUACAUACACAGAACAGCCGAAUGUUUUGCGGUGUAACACGAUAAUUCUCUCUAACAUUCGUUCAUUUUGUCAAUGUAUUCUAAGUUACUGAAAGGACGUAUUGUUUAUUCCUUGGUACACUUGCUUGUACCAUGUGCAUUCGUACCAAUAUAGUUUUUUUCGUAUAUUUUUUAUUUUUCUUAGGUACUGCUUCACUUAUGGGUGCUGAUAGUUCUCCUCACUUACCAACCGGAGAUUCACUCAACAAGUUCAUCCCGACUUCCGCAACAACCUUAGUCUGACAAACUCGACGAAACUGACAAAGUCAACUCGAUAUGUGCACGACGUACACCGUGAGGAGGGCUUGUCCCUACACAGGGGUCCUACAAGUGAAUAGAUUAUGGAGAAAACUGACAAGGUUGUUUAAUGUCAAGGGUAUAAUAAGAACACUUUCAUAUGGUCAUUUCAGUGUUCUCUAAAGAAAACUACAAAUAACUUACAAGGACCUUACGAAGUUGUGUACUGUAGAAAUCAAUCAAUCACCGUUGGGGGUCGACAUUAAAAUAUAAAUAGUAAAAUUAGAUAUAUUUAUUGUUAAGACUACUGGAAUUGACACAGAGGAUAACGCUUAAAUAUACACUCUAAAGAGGGACUUUGAACAUUUUAGUACAAAAAGAAAAUGCGAUAAAACAGCAGUUAAACGCCUAUAAAAUAGCAAUUCUACUUUUACUUCCUUGUUUUAAUUGACCACUUGUCCAUUUCUGUGCCAGUGCUCAAUCAUUCCAAUAAACCUUCAAAGUUAAGUGACAAACGUUGAAAGUGAUAGCCUUAGCUUCAUUACUUUGCUUAGUUUAGAAACUUUCGUUCGUUUGAUCUCCGGUGGUGAACCUCCCAUAUCAAUUUAAAAAGAGUAGCUUCCUAAUGAAUCCUUGCCGAACACUCCACGUAGGGGCAGUGUACCACAAAAAUCACCUGGUUUAAUGUUUUAUCACAUGAGAUGAAGUGGCAAAAUUGACUGCAUAUGGGCUGUAUCAUGGCUUUUAAAUAUCCUUAAAUCAACUUUUCUAGUGCUUUUAUCUAAGUCGGAGACUUGACACCCUUGGAUUUCAGAAUUCAUCUUUUGUUGGCGUACGAAUCAAUACUCUGUUUUCAUGUUUUUAUAUUUUGCUGUUUGACACCGGAAACCACCGAAAGCUGUGACUUCACAGCACGAUUUUUGAACUAUUUAAUUGAAAACUGUUCACUAUUAAAAAUCAAAAUAAAGAUUAAUGGGAG